AUGCAGGAGUAUGUGGACACUAGAUUUCAGCUAUUGAACCCACCAAAUGCAAAGAGGAGAACAAGUACUAGUGCUAGAAGUGUCGAACAGCUACUGCAGUCCGAAAGGUUGGAUAAGUUUUCUUUAAAUUUUGCUGCUGGUCUUGUCUCUGUGUUCUGUUUACAACCAUCUAGUGGAGGGAGGGCACUAUUACCACUUAAUCCUCUACUUCAAGAGGAUGUUGAUAGGGUCUCCAAAUCUUGGGAUGGGUCAAAAGCUCCUAGAAAUGGUUCUGGUGCUGGAAAUGAAGAUACAAACGGCUCAACUACGUCUCAACCACCACCCACAUAUAAUUCACAAACUGGUUCAACAACUUCUCAAGUGCUUUCCAACUGUUCUUUCACAGAAUCUCAGCAGCAUACUAAGUUAGCAACGCAUGGUGGAAUGGGUUCUGCUUAUGCAGCAAGGGGAAGAGGUUCUAGACAUGCAACACUGAGAAACGGUUCUAUUGAUGCAGUAGGUGGAAUAUAUUAUGAUCAUGCAGUAGGGGGAAGAGGUUCUAGACAUGGUACGGUAGGGAGAGGUUUUGGUCAUGCUGCAUUAAUGGGGAAAUGUUCUGGUCAUGUUGCUGGAGGAAAGGAAGGAGGGUAUACUGGAAAUGGUGCAGUGGGGCGAGGUUUUAGUUAUGGUCAUGGUCAUGCUGGAAGGGGAAGGGUUGGAAGUCAUAUGGGUCCAUCUAGCAAUCAAGGACCAACUUUGACAACAUUAAUGCAGAAAACUAGGGGAAGAAAAGUGGGAAUGUCAACUGCUGCUACAUAUUAG